UUACGAUAAGUCAUUUAGCCUCUGUUACCUUGCCAGGUAGCCCAUCGCCCAAGGAUAGUUUCAAGGUAUAAAAAUGGUUUCAAAACCUAACCUCUGCGUACAGCAGCCAGCAUAUACACCCGCACUGUGUUUAUGUUCUGUGGCACCCACAGACCUCCCAGUCCAGACUUCCAGCUUCCCAAGGCCUUCUCUUUGGACAGGUAAUUAUAACCCCACUGCAAAGCCCUAAAAACUCCACUAUCCCCUUUCCAUAUUUCCAUUUCGGUUAGCUCUGUAUGAUGUGUUUGUUUGGAUCACUAUUUUCUGUGUGUGAUUGCACUCUGCAGUUUUUUCUAAAUAAAAACCUUAAAUCACUCAGAACCUGGAGUCAUCCCGGGUAGUACUGGUAUAUACCGGUGUACAAUGGUCCAAAGUUGACCCAAGCUUCUUGUUAAGCUGAUUUCCCCAACAUUUAACAUAUCAAUGACAGUUAGUGGGGAUCCCCAGUCCCUCACUUGUUUGUUGGGUAACAUUUCCACUCUUCUUUCUUCUUCCCUGUAGAGUGUAGCCAUGUGGCUCUACCUGGCUGCCCUGCUGGGGCUUUACUUCCUCCGUCGAUGGUACCGAGAGAGACAGUCUGUAGAGAAACUAACAGAGAAAUAUGUCUUCAUCACUGGCAGUGAUUCUGGCUUUGGGAACCAGCUUGCCAGGCAACUGGAUGCUCGCGGCCUUCGGGUAUUGGCAGCUUGUCUCACCCAGAAAGGGGCAAAGGAGCUGGAGAGGGUCACAUCUGACCGAUUGAAAACCACCAUUUUGGAUGUCACCAGCACAGAAAAUGUGGCUGCAGCAGCGGAGUGGGUGAAGGGAUGUGUUGGAAACAAAGGGCUCUGGGGCUUGGUAAACAAUGCUGGUAUCGGUAUUCCAGCAGCUCCCAAUGAAUGGCUAACCAAGGAUGAUUUUGCAAAGGUGAUAAAUGUCAACCUGCUUGGACUGAUUGAUGUGACAUUGCACAUGCUGCCUCUGGUGAGAGCUGCCAGAGGAAGAGUGGUCAAUAUAGCCAGUGUAUAUGGAAGGCUGGCAUGCAUCGGAGGAUGUUAUUGUCCAUCCAAGUACGGUGUGGAAGCCUUCUCCGACAGCCUAAGACGAGAGCUCCAUCCCUUUGGUGUCCAGGUCAUCAUUAUUGAACCCGGUGUUUUCCGCACACCCAUUCUCAACAACGUAGAAGAUAACUUCUGGAAAGCAUGGAGCCAAGCACCUUCUCACAUCAAAGAAUGCUAUGGGCAGCAGUACUUGGAGGACCUGUGCAGAUCAUGCCAACUUCUCUGUAAAGGUGCCAGCAGUGAUACCUACCUGGUCACUGACUCCAUAGAACAUGCCCUGACUACUUGCUACCCUCGCACACGCUACUCUGCAGGCUGGGAUGCAAAGCUCUUUUACAUUCCUCUGUCUUACAUGCCAACCUCACUGGCAGACAGUGUCCUGACCUACUUUAUGUCAAAGCCAGACCAGGCAGUAUAGAUCAUUUUGCAGAAAGUGCUUUGUAUCUCCCAAAUCAGCCAAGAAGUUGUACAGAUGGGACACAACUCCAGUUGUACAUUGCAAUGUGUUGAUGAGAUGUGACCUCAGUAUAUCAUGUGCCUGAAAGAUUUUUAAGACUAAUUUUCCCUUCUGUGAAUCAUGAAUCAUUGACCCAUCUUAGACCCGACGUGUUAUAGUUGUCUACUGUUGCAGGUGGGGUUCAAAUCCUCACUUCAGCCUUUAGUAACCUGAUCUACAGACAGGCCCUUGGGAGAGAAGGAUUGUUGGGGUGUUUUUUUAUGUAAGAUGGUUUAUGAACUGAAAUAGCAUUACAACUGUGAAAUUAGAAUGUCAGUAAAACCUGUAAUAAAUUUUUGGAAGAGUUCCACACUGCCGCCACCAUAUUGACAUAGCGGACACUGUGUGUCUGCACGUUGUGCCCCGGAAGUGACGCCGCGAGUGCGCGACUAGCGCCUCGCGG